AUGCUGCCUCGCGGACAGGCUGGCAUCCGCGCCCUUGCAGCGGUUGCGAGGCACAACCGCGCCUGCCCAACAGUGGCCGGCGUCGUGCCCCGCUUCACGCCUGUAUCAACCGCUCCCACGCUAUCGCGUCUCGGUCCUCUCCACGCUCGUUUCAACUCGACAACAGGCAAGGACAACAACCCCGAGACACAGCCCCCGAGCAUCGACUCCCAGAACAUUCCCAGCGACCCGGAUAAGCUCACAAAGCAGCACAAGAAGCACAAGUGGCGCUACUCGAAGCAUGGCGAGCUCGACCCGGAUUUCAGCGGCAAGCACCCGUGGGUCGCUGGCUGUCUUCGUCUCGCUAUCUCAACGGCUAUCGGUGUCCUCGUUGUCGGUGGAAUCCUCCUAAUCCACGAUGCCUCCACGUACACGGAGCGUCACGUCGGACGCGUCCCGGUCAACCCGCUCAGUCUGCACCCCCGUCGCGGUGGUCCCAAGAAUUUGCCGAUUAUCGAGGUCAACAUUGAUGACGAGGAAGAUGAGCAGAAGCGUGCCAUGAAGGACAAGCCGCGUCUCGUCAUCCUCGGUGGAGGCUGGGGCGCUGUCAGUGUUCUGCAGCACCUGCCCGCCAACGCCUUCAACGUCACCGUCAUCAGCCCCGAGAACUACUUCUGCUUCACCCCGCUUCUGCCUUCUGCCUGUGUUGGAACCGUUGAGCCGCGCUCUCUGGUCGAGCCUGUUCGUCGUAUCGUCGCCCGCUGCCGUGGUCACUUCCUCACGGGAGAGGCUGUCAAUGUCGACAUGACUGACCGUCUUGUCGAGGUCAAGGUUCCUAAGGAAGACGAGGAUGGAUACGAACUGGCUUACGUCCCCUAUGACAAGCUCGUUGUGGCUGUCGGCUCCAAGUCGAACACGCAUGGUCUGACAUCAGACAACCUCGAGGAGGCGUCCCUCCCAACCACGACCCCUGAGGAGCGCCGCACGCUCCUCUCCUUUGUUGUCUGUGGCGGUGGCCCGACCGGAGUCGAGUUCGCUGCCGAGGUUGCCGACAUGCUCUCCGAAGAGGCUCUUCUCUACCUUCUCCGCAACGAGGUCACGAUCUCUCUGAUCCAGUCGCGCGACCACAUCCUGAACACGUACUCUGAAAAGAUUUCCGAGUACGCCGAGAAGAAGUUUGCCCGUUCCGAGAUCACUGUCCACACGAAUGCUCGCGUUAUCAUCACGCUGAAGGGUCCUGACAAGACGAUGUCGACGGAGAUCCUGCCUUCCGGCCUCACGCUCUGGAGCACGGGUAUCGACUUUACGCGCAACCUGUGCGACCAGCUGCCGAACCAGUUCCACAGCAAGGCGGUCCAGGUCGACGGCUACCUGCGCGUCGAGGGCGCGCCGCUCGGUACGAUGUACGCGAUCGGCGAUGCCUCCACGCGACAUGGCCGAGUGGGAGAGGAUGGCCAAGUACCUGAGCAAGAAGUACCCGCUCGCCGGCUCGCACCUGGAGAAGAUGAGUUCGACAAGGACCACGACAACUACCUCUCGCUCAACGAGGCGGCCGACAUGUUCAUGACGGUGACGAAGCGCGUGACCGCGCUCCCGGCCACGGCACAGGUGGCAUCGCAGGAGGGCGAGUACCUGGGCAAGAUGUUCUCCGAGCUCUCCAAGGUACACAAGAAGAAGACCGAGCAGGGCAAGGUCAACCCCGAGUGGGACCUGCGCGACGACUCGACCUACUUCCACCCCUUCAAGUACCGCUACCUCGGCUCGCUGGCUUCGCUCGGCAGCGCAGCCGUGUUUGACCGCGACGGAUUCUCGCUCGCCGGAGGCCUCAUGGCCAUGUAUGCGUGGCGCUCUAUUUACUGGAGCCAGCAGACGAGCAUGCGCACGCGCUUCAUGAUCAUGCUCGACUGGGUCAAGCGCGGCCUCUUUGGGCGCGACCUGUCCCGCUUCUAA